CACCGCAGAACGCUCCGGGCGUCCUUGUCGUUCGGCAGAGUUAUCGGAUGGCCGUUAUCAGAUAGGAAAUUUCCUUUCACGGCACAACGGAAAAGACGGUGUCAAGCAUUCUCUUGUAGUUUGCCGCUGGGCUCCCGUGCCGUGCCAUUCUUCUGUCGUAGCGCCUUCGGAUUACAUCUCAACGGUCUGCGUGCACGCUUGGAAGCAUGACAUCCGCACAGCGCUCACCCAAAGCGACACAAGCACACGUUCGGGCCCCGUCUUGCUCGCUUUCUUGCAAGGAAGGUGAGGUUUCUGAUGAAACGCCAACGGAUACAGCUGUUUCCGCCUCUCAGGAGCCAGGUCGGGGCAACCCGUUCGUCGAGCCAGAGAUUUCCUGCUUCUGGACUACGCUGGUUCGUGACAUCAGCGAAAAACAAGCAUGGAGAGUUAAGACAUUCGACGACAGCAGCGAACGCUUGCUGGAUGCGUACUCCGAAGAUGUGCGCCAUUACCCACUUCCAGAGGAAAGAAUCCGCAUGAAGCAUCGCAGGGACACGGCCCUGAAGCUCAGAGCGGAUCCGGAGCGCUGGUCCCGACUUGUCUUGGCUGGGCUGAGAGAACUGGCCGCGGACGCAGCGGGCCCGGCCACUGCUGCGAUAGCCCGCACCGGCCUGCUGCACGCCUUCCAAGACUUUGCGACGCACAUUCGCUACUUCCAGAUCACGCGAGGCCUCAUGGAAGCGGCGGGCGUGGCCGUGCCGCUGACUGCCAACGCGUCUUCGUCCGUGCACGACGUGGACAAGUUGGACCCCGUGAUGCUGGCGGGAUACUGCGAGCGUUGGGAAGACAUUCGCGACACAGCUCUCUGGCACGCCUGCCUCGAGUACCACUACGCCAUCAACACGCACCACCAGCAGAACGAAUUGUGGCAUAUGGAGGAAGGCGAGACCAAGGAGGAACAAUGCUGCCGGGCACUGCCAGAGUUGCUGUGUGACAAGGCGUCGCGCAAGUUGCAGAAGGAGCUGAACGGCGUGGUUUCUCCGACAAUGUGGUCCGUGGAGACGCAGUUCUACCUGGGCAUACCCGACAAGUGGUUCGACCGCGCAUCGGAAAUGGCCGCCUCGCUGGCUUCGUGCCGUAAAAUACACCAGACCAACACUUAACGCCUUCCGCUCAGCACCUGGGCUGUGUGACGCAUGUUCUCGUUCUGCUAGCUUUGUUUGUCAGACUUGCUAUAUAGUGGCUAGUGCGUUGCCAAACUACACGCAGUUGUUUUUUUGUUUUGCUUUGCUUUUCGUAUACUGAUCGGGAAAAUUUUUUCAAUUAACACAGUGCCUUCUGCUGUGCGUGUAGCGCUACAAAUGAGCAAUGACACGGAUUUGUCUUGGCCCGUGAGAAAAACCUUCGGUACACAUUAUUCAUAGAACCUGUUGAAUUUGGGCAUAGACUUUCGCAGGCGCCCGUCAGCAUAUUGAAAGCUACUAAGAUGCCUGACAAAGCAGGUGAAUGACACGUUCGUCGACUGAGUGCUAAUAAACGUGGGUGAAUUUA